UCUGGCGGGUUCGCCCUGUCCUGGGCUGGGGGGAUGCUGGCGGUGCUGGGGAGCGGGCUCUGGCGGGAGCUGGGGGUGAAGUGUUCGGAGCUCUCAUUGAGUCUCAGCGCCGGCCCUGCGCAGCCCGAUCGCUCCCCCACGCCCUCCCUUCCACCCCUCCCACUUCCCCCCCCUCUUCCUUCCCCUCGUCCCGUCCCCCCUCCCGUCCCGUCGUGGAGCCAGCCGGAGGCGGAGCUAGUCAGGGGCGGGGCCAUCCGGGGGCGGGGAGGGCAUGGGCGGUCCUGGUGCAGCCUGGCUGCUGGGCCUCUGUCAGAAACACUGCCCGGGUCCCUCAUCCCACACUACCUGGGAUAAGUGAGUUCCCAGUCCCUCUCUGGACUGUUCUCUGCGUAUUCUCUACAGUCUGACACGGUGCUCCUGUUAAAUCCGACUCAAAGAGGGUUUUUAUUUCACCCCUAGCGAUGCCUCAUGUUCAAGAGGGGGCUUGUCCCGGUCAGGGAGGUGCCUCUUCUAACUUUGCAGUGAUUCAAGAUAUGGAGGGUAGAAGCAACUGGAAGAAUGGUGAGAAGGCAGAGGAGUCCCCGUGUCUCCAGGAUGGAUCAGAAACAAGGAAUAUACAAAACACGAUCCUGGGAAAAUGUGUGGGCAAUUGGUUCAGGUCACACCCAGUGCUCACCGUGGUGCUGGCUGUGCUCCUGCUGCUGGCUCUGCUCCUGGCUUUGGUGGUGGCCAUGGCUGUGCUGGCAGUGAGAAGCCUUGGAGAGAUUCCAGUCACGCCCAGGCCUCCAGAGUUCCUGGCCUGUCCCGAGGCCUGGGUCGGGUACAACAGGGUCUGUUACUACCUCUCCAGGGAUGAGGGGACCUGGGAGCAGGCUCGGGAUCGCUGCUCCGAGCUCGGGGCCUCCCUGGCCGUGCUCAGCGACAGGGAAAUGGACCACGUCUUCCGCCUCAAUGGCAACCUGGAUUACUGGCUCGGGCUGCGGAGACGGGGCGAGAGGUUUCAGUGGGUGGACGGCAGCAGCUACAACUCCUCGCUGGAGGUCCUUGGCAAUUCAGAGUGUGUGUACCUGGCGGACAAUAAACUCAGGAGCGAGGACUGUUCAAAGCAGCUGCCGUAUCUCUGCAGCAACCCCCAACCCCACCUGUAAUGGAAGUGAGGGAGAAAGGACCUUCUCCGUCCUGAAGACUCACAGCUUUCCUUCUUCCACGAGCCCAGGGAUGUCCUUCCACAGAUGAACAUUUACUUUGUGCCACAUCUCAGCACAACCUCAGGAACCUCAGUGCCUUUUGUCAUUGUCACCUCAGUAGCUGGUCUCAAGGAGGUGAACCUGCAGGGACAUGAUGUGUGCCUUCGUGGACUAGGGGUUUCUUUCUCCAGAAGUUUUCCUAAUUUUCUCAUGGCCAGGCUUCGCAAACGAAGAUUUGGGAAGGGCUUUACCCACGUUUCUUGCAAGCGUGUUGAUGGCUAAAAAGGCCAAUAUGAGACAGGCAUGUCUGGUUGGGUCCUAAUUUUCUAUCACUUAACGGUGUGGAUGCAUAACACUACAGUGCUUUAAUGUGCGCAUAUGAAGUAUUUGGCCACUGCUGAAUAUUCGAAUGUGAACAUACAAUGUCCUGAUUGUGGCCUCAGCAGUUACUGUAUCAGUGCUGCUGCUGUGCUUCUCUCUCCUUCUCCUUUUUUUAUAUUUAUAAUAAAGUUUGUGCGACCCCA